GAAAUUUCUGCAAACAUAUAAUUAAUUAAUUCAGAUAUUAGCCGUUAGUGAAGUUCCGUGUUGAUCAUCAUGGCGCCGAAAGAAAUUUGUUGUGUUCUUUUCAUCUGUCUCUUUGGUUUGGGAAGUGCUGAAUACUGCACUGAGUCGAGCGAUUGUGUGGUGGAAGGUGAAACCUGUUGUUCGGAUAACGUCUGCAGAGCGAUUUGUUCCUACUGUACGUACAACUUUGAAUGUGGCAGUGGCGAACAGUGUUGCAAUAACGAAUGCAAAUAUUCAUGUGGAUUGAGCGCCGAGGCUAUUACAGGUGUUAUUGUCGGCACAACUUGUGCAUUUUUCUUCGCCAUCAUCAUCGCCAUUGUAUCCUGCUUCUGCUGUGCUAGCUGCCCGUGCUACCGCCGCUAUCGUACACCCGGUGUUUUGGUCGUCAGCCGACAGCCUUAUCAACCGUUCGUCUCAACUAAUACACACACGACAAUAACGCAGCAAGUACAAGCUCCUCCGCCGGUCAACUACAAUCAGCCUCCUCCAGGUUUCAACCAGGCUCCUCCGCCUUACUCAACCUAUCUUCCGCCAUUAAACCAGAAUCCUCCACCGCCAGGACAAACUCAAGCGGGGCCGAUGCCUGCUGCAGUAACCGAGCAAACGAACAGGUUCUAAGUAAAGUAAUAUGUGAGAUAACUUCUCCAAGCGGAACACUGUGCGAUGGAUGCCUGCUUUUGUCAGAGCUGACUAACCGGCCAAGUACUAACCCGUUUAACGAGAUAACUAGCCUCAUGUUAUGAAACAUUUGUGGAUUUUUUCCAAAACUCGGUAAUGUCAAAAUACAACAUGCAUAUUGUCGAGUUUGAAUAAAAAUACUUCAAAUAAUUAUAA